CCCCCCGGCCGGAUUCCCCCAGCAGUGCUCCAAUGCGUCCUGAUCCCCCUGGCACCGGGCCCCCGAUCCCCCCCAGGUACCCCGAUCCCAUCCCUCGACCCCAGGCAGUGCCCGCAUGUCCUGAUCCCCCUCGGCCUGACCCCCCUGGGCAGUGCCCCAAUGUACCCCGAUGCCCCUGGCCCUGGGCACCUCAAUCCCCCCGGGCAGUGCCCGAAUGCACCCUGAUCCCCCCAGCCUUGGCCACCCUAUUUCCCCCGGCCCCAAUCCCCCUGGGCACCCUGAUCCUCCUGGCCCGAUGCCCCCCAUGCGCUGGCCUCCUGCCCCCCGAUCCCUGGUGCACUGACUCCAUACUCACUCCCGCCCCGUUGAGCAUGCCAUGGUCCUAUAUACAUCAGCCCCUGAGCCCCAUGGACUCAACCCCAAUCGCCCAACUCCUACAACCCACAGCACCGAGACUCCUUACCUCAAUUCCCUGCCAGGGCACUGAGACCCCCUGGACCCCUGCCCCCAAUUCCCUGCUGAUGCACCGGGCCCCUGCACUGAUGGUUCCCUCUCCUGGGCUCCCUAGCCGGCAGCCAAUCCCCGCAUUGGGCUCCCGUGCCCCCUGGGGAUCUGGAGGGCAUGGGGCUUCCUGCACCAGCAGGAGAAGAACCCGGGAGAUUGGCUAUGCUGGGGCUGGGAGCCAGGACUCCUGGGUUCUAUGCCAGCUCCGGGAUGGAAGGAGGGUGCGGUGGGGUGGGCAGGGCCCUUGACUGCAACCAUGCCAGGUGAGUCCCAAGUUCACCAGCAGAGCUGCUUCCUGGGUCCCCACCCAGCCUGCACAGGAAUGUGACACCUGGCUCCCCUGGGAGUCCAGCUGACGUCAGUUCCCCCUCCAUCUGCUGAGCUGAGCACAAAAUCACCCCUAAGGUGCCAUUGGGAUCCAGGAGGCCUGGCUCCUAUCCAGCCCCCCCCAGCUCUGCCCCACCAGACCCCACUGCCCUCCCAGAGCCAGGAAUGGAACCCAGGAGUCCUGGCUCCCAGCCCCUGGGGAAUGGGAUGUGGGUGGGGCAUCCCUGGUAUUAGGAGACGAGUUUGGGCAGUUAGAUCCUGUCACCCCGCACCCCACCUAAUGGUUGGUGGCAGAGGAAUGCGUUGGGGACGCCCCAGAUCAGCUACGGUUAAUAGCUUUCUGCGACUCCUGGGUUCCAUCUUUGCGAGGAGAGGGGAGUCUAGUGGGUUAGAGCAGGGGGCGCUGGGAGCCAGGACUCCUGGGUUCUCUCCCCAGCAGGGUCCCUCUGUUCUGCAUCCCCUGGUGAGCUCACCCCUGGCCUUCAGGGACCUUGAUCUAGAGCCUAUGGGGCCGGGUGGGCUGUUGGCUGGGGCAGGAGUGACAGUGAAUCCUUGUCCAGCUGUGACCUUCUCUGCCUCCUCCAGCGUCCCCACGGCCCCUCCCUUCCUGGUGCCUGAGACAUCUCCUGGGAUUAGCUGGGAUCAGCUCAGCUCAGCUCAGGGGGCAGAUUCACCUGAAGAGGCAGAGGCAGCCGGAUGGUUUAGAGGCAUCCCCCUGUUGGGCUUCGUCUUCCUACUGCCCCUGUCCAUCCCGUGGGCGCGGAUCUCAGUGGGCUGGCUGGCCGUGGUGCACUACCUGGCCUGCGUGGUGCCCCAGCUGGGCAGUGUCCUCUAUCACCUGUUCAUGAACCACGAGGGGGGGCCGGCCGUCUACCACACCCUGCUGACCCUCGACAUGUGCGGGGUCUGCAUGGUCAACACGCUGGGUGCCCUUCCCAUCAUCUACUGCACUCUUGCCUGCUCCCCGCUUCCCCGCAGCGCUGCCCUGCUGGCCUACACGGCGCUGUCCAGCUACGCCAUCAUCUGCGCGGUGACGGCCCACUCCAACGUGCGGCGCCUGCGCUCCUUCGCCUGGCAGGCCCUCUUCCGCUUCUUCUUCUUCUACCUGCGCUGGGCGGGCCUGGGCACGGGCCACCCCUCCUCGCUGCGCUCGUACCUCAUCAUGGACGGCCUGGCCCUGCUGGGGGGCGUCAUCAACAUCUCCCGCGUGCCUGAGCGCUGGCAACCCGGCCGAUUCGACUACUGGUUCAACAGCCACCAGAUCAUGCACGUGCUGGUGGUGGUCAGCAUCCUCUACCUCCACUGGGGGGUGGUGGCCGACUUGCUGUGGGUCACCAGUUAUGCCUGCCCCCAGGACUGACCAGGCCCGCCAGCCAGCGGGGAAUGGUGUGGUUUUGUGGCUGCAUCCCUCCAGUUCACCACACAAUGGAUUCCUGUUGGCCAAGGGAUCUUCUGGAUCCACUCCCGUUUGCUGAGGUGUCUUCUGGAUCCACUCUCAUUUGCUGAGGGGUCUUAUGGGUGGCUGGUGAUAGAUUCUCAUUGGCCAAGGUGUCCUCUUGAUCCACUCCUGUUGACCAAUAAUGGAUUCCCAUUGAUCUAGGCAUCCUCUCGAGUCACUCCUGUCGGCCAACAAUGGAUUCCCAUUGGCCAAGGCAUCCUCUAAAUCCACUCCUGUUGGCCAACAAUGCAUUCCCAUUGGCCAAGGGGUCUUCUGGAUAGCCAAUGAUGGAUUUCUGGUGGUUUUGGGGACUUCUGGAUCAACGCCCAUUGGCUAAGGGUUUUUUUGGAUCACCAGAGCAGGGCUCCCACUGGUUGAGAGUCAUUGUGGAUCACCAGGGUUGGAUUUCCAUGGUCAAGAGCUCUUCUCUGUUGCCAACAAUGCACUUCCAUUGACUAGACUCCCUUUGGCUGAUGAGGGUGCUUCUGGGUCACUAGCCACAGACUCCCAUUAACAAAGCUCGAGCCAGAUGCCCACUUUGGUGGGUCAUUCUGGACCACCAGAGAUGGAUUUCUAUUGUUUGCGGUCCUUUGGAUCCUUCUGGAUCACCAGCAGUGCUCGCCCAUAGGGACUGGGGCAGGAUGGGGGGCUGCAAGGGGGCACUAUUUUGAGGAGCUGGGGGGUGGAGCAGCCCCUGUCCCCCUUUAGACCUUUUAUCCAGGUAUCUUACAGACUUUGAGACACCAUGCAAUACUUUCUACUUUUUAAAGGGCUGACGAGGUGCCUGGAUGCUGAGGUCUGCACUGACUAGGGGCUGGGGGGGAGGCAGCCCCAGAGAAGCUGUCUGUGUUGUGGGGGGGAUAAGAGGGAGGUAUCAGAGUCUUAGCUGACUCCCAACGCUAAUGAGCUGGCCUCAGGGGAGGGGAGGGGGAGGCAGUGGAAUCUAGGAGCUACAGCAGGACUCCUGGGUUAUCUCCUCAGCUGUUGCCAUCAUCCUUGGGCCAAGCAGCUUCAGCCGCUUGUGCCUCAAUUUCCUGUUGCUCCCUGCUCUGAGGGUGCAGUGGGGGUGUUUCCUGUUACUGAGCCCUGGUCUGCACACUCUCCCUCUGCAGAGGGAGGAACAGGUAUUCCCCUUUCUGCAGCAGUCACGGCUCCUGGUGCGGUAACAGCCAGCGGGGGACUGUGUCCCCAUCAGCCUGUUUUUAUAUUACAUGUCCCAUCUGCUGCUAACCCCAUGGUGCUCACCGGGAGUGCCAGGGCUCCCCUUCCACCCUCUGCUGGCAUUGGGGUGUACCUACUGUUCUCCUUCCCCUUACGUAACUUAGGGCCACUAAACAAAGAGGCAGCUCUGGAUCAUUGUUUUCCAAUCCCUGUUCACUGGGCCCUGGAUAGCUAAUCUGGAUCCUGAGCAGGGAGUUGUGUGUGUGAAUGGAGCUAAGCUGGAUUCAGAAGCCACAGAUGUGGAAGUAGCUAAACUGGUUCUCAAUCUGUAUUCCAGCUGGCCAAAUGCAUACAUAGCUAAACUCAUUCUCUGUCUGGAUUCCUGUCCAGAGGCUGGGUGUGAAUGUAGCUAAAAUUGUUCUUAAUCUGGAUUCCAAUUGCCCAAGUGUGAAUGAAACUACACUGGUUCUCAAUUUGGAUUCCAACUGACCACGUGUAGUGCAGCUAAACUCAUUCUCACUCCUGAUUCCAGUAUUGAGGCUGCAUAUGUGAAUAUAGCUAAAUGGUUUCUCAAUCAGGAUUCUAGGUGGGAGGCCAUGUGUCAAUAUAGCCAAAUUGAAUUUUUAAUCCAGUUUCUAAUCUGGUUUUGCCAGGAAACGUACAUGGGGCCAAGCUGGUUCUUAAGGUGGAGGUCAACGUCCAAAAGCAGUUCUUAAAUUCCAUCUUGUUCUCCAAUUGUUUCAUUCAGUGUAAAUGUUGCCCUCUCAACCUCAUUCCUGAUGGGCAGCCACACUGGUUGAGAAACCAAUUCAGUAUUAGAAACUUGCUUUGAAUUGCCAUGUAGACAAACCUUUAAGGAAGCAGUACAAAGGGUAGUAGAGGUAGAGUAGGACCAUGGGUGGACAAAAUGGGCAAUCAAGACAGCUGUGCUGUGUCAAGACAAGGAGUCAUGAGGCAUCAAAGGGUAACCAACCACACAGCAUGAUGUGGAUUACAGCAGAGAGAGAUGGGAGCUAGGACGCCUGGGUUCUGUCCUUGCUCUGGGAGGCGUGCAGGUUCUCAUGGUUAGUGUUGGGGGCCUAGGAGCUAGGACUUGUAGGUUCUGUCCCCAGCUCGAGGAAGGGGAUAGGGUCUAAUGGUUUGGGGACAGGAAAGAGAUCAGGCCUUCUGGGUUCUGUGUCCCUGUUGUCCCACCCUGUAAAUGAGGCCGAAAGGAAACCUAAGAAGUGGGUUGCAGGCUGUGAACUGUUCUCCCACAUUGAAGGGAUGGCUGUAUUUCUCUGGCCUCCCUCAAAGGGAUGCUGUUGGGUGGGUUCUGCUCCCCACCCCCCUCAUCAAAAUCCAGUCUUGUCUCCGUUAUCUCAGGACACAUGAACACAGCUAGUGUUCGGGGCUUCGUGCCGAAGCAACAUAUCUUUUUAAAUUAAAAAUGCAAAACUGAAAAGUAAGAGGCUAAAAUCCACAUUGUGCCAGGAUAGGGGGAGCAGGGGAUGGAGGUUCUUGCGGGCCACUGCCUCCCACCAGGGUCCUGUUGGACGGUAGCUCUAGGCUUCAAUAAAGCAGAGAUAGAG